AUGUCGGAGUUUGGUGGGAGGAUCCCGGCUCGCACAUCCCAAGGAAAAUGGGAUAAUGAGGAGUUGGGAAGAUGGAAAAAGCAGCUGGGAUGGGAAAGCCUCGGCAGCCGCUCAGCCCCGCGCUCCCGCCGCGUCCAGCUGUGCGACCGCGCCCUUCGCUCCUGCGUGGCCGAGCUGGCCCGGCCCGGGGGGCUACCGGCCCACGGCGCCCAGCUGCUGACCCUGGCCCAGGAGGCCACCAACACCUACCUGAGCCUGGUCCCCGACCCCCCUCACCUUUACCUGGAGAAAAUCCUGUUCCACGUGCUGCGCAACGCCGCGGGAUGGGCCGGGAUCCGCACCUGGAGCGCGGCCGAGCUGCUGCGGGAGCGGCUGCGGCGCUGCCGCCUCCGCGACGCCGACUGGGCCGGGGUGACCCGCGGCGCCUUCGGGCUGCUGUGGCGAGCGGCGGCCGAGCUGGCCGGGCCAGAGAGGCCUCGAGAGGAGGGCAGGGCGGUGCUGAGCGCCCGGCUGCGCUCCCUGCGCUUCCUGCUGCUCUUGGAAUCGGAGCCGCCGGAACGCUCGGCUCGGGAAUCUUUCCGCCCGCCGUUCUUCGCCUCGUGCACCGCCCAGCACGCCGCCGCCGCCGCCGCGCUCUACGAGGCCCAGAGGGCUCCCUGCCCGCUUUUCCUGGCCAGGCAGCUGCGGGAAUGGCUGCUGGAAGCGCUGCGGGACGAGGCUCCGCGGCCUCCGGAUCCCGGGAGCUCCCUGUGCUGCCUGGAGCUCACCCUGGAGUGCUGCCGCCGCCUCUGCAAAGCCCGGCGGCACCGCGAGGCUCUGGACCUGCUGGGGGAUUCCAGAGGGUUUUUGGGAGCUGGGAAUUCUCUGGGAGCCCCUCUGGAGCUGCUGGAGGCCGGGAUCCAGCUCAGCUGGGCGCUGCUCAAAGGCGGGGCCGGAGUCCGAGCCGCGGGCUCGGCGUUGUGCCGGGCGGGAGCGGCGCUGGCGGCGGAACCUUCCGGAAGGAUUCUCCGGGUGAUGCUGGAGUGCUCCCAGUUUGUGCUGGCGCAGCUCGGGGAGGCGCUGAGGAAGAGCCAGGAGCUGCCCCUCGGCCUCCAGGAGCUUCCCGGGAUUUGUGCCUUCUCCCAGGGCCACGGGCGGGCGCUGCGGCAGCUGCUGGCCCAGGUCCCUCCUGACUCUGUCCAGGAGCAGGUGAUGGUGAAGCAGCUGCUGUUCCACAGCCUCCAGCUCUUCUCCAACGCCAUCCACGAAAUAUUCCAGCGCUCCCAGGUACCCCAGGGAACGGAUCCGGGACCCUGCGGGAUGCCCUGGUCUCCCAUUCCCAUUCCCGGCUCCUGCCCGGGGCCGCCGUGCCGGGGCUGCUGCUGGCCGAGCUCCGCGCCUACAAAUCCCUGCGGAGCCCCACGGCAGCCGAGCGCUACGGGGUGA